GGUAGGUACCUGAAUAGUAUAUCUUGAGCUCCUUACACUCUCCUGUGUUCCCUUUUAAGUCCUACCGGCGGCUAUACCAACAAAUAAUCUGUAACAGAGGACUUGGUGAGAGGUAUCAGUGUUACCAUUGACGUCGAUAGCGAAACGGUUCACAUUAUAUGAGCAAGAACCAAGAUCUGGGAAGACCGUAGGUCAGUUUUCUGUCACUUCCCUUGCUUAACAAACAGCCUUCAUCAUAACCUCACCACCCCACUUACAUCAGCGCCGAGCAAGAACUCUUAACCCACCCCCUCGACUCCACCCAAAACCACCCACGAUGCAGCUCUCCCAAACCUUCAUCACCCUCCUCACCCUAACAACCACCACCAUAGCGCUGCCACAAAUAAUCACCGCCAACGCAACUCUCCCAGGCAUCCUCAACGCCACGGAGACGCACAUACCGCUCGUACCAACCAUCAACCUGGCGAAGAAGCUGGAUACCGGCGGACCGGCGGGCAGCGGCACCCUCGCAACGGCGCUCGGACUCGAGACGGUCGUGAGCGAUGAGGUGCUGAUGACGGUGUCUGAGGCCACGCCGACGGGUGGGCCGCUUUCUGUGGCGACUCCGGUCGUUUGAGGGGCAUAUGUAUAGCCUCAGCUACGGUAUGAUGGUGGCUGGCGGAGAGAGUACUGCAUUCUGAGGCUUCCAUAAACCGAGGCAGGGUGGUAAGCUUGGAGGGACUAGAUACCUAGGGUAGGAGGGGCUUGGCCGCAGUGUACAACUAGUAGUAUAGGGGCUGUGACCUUCCCUUUACAUUUGUCAUGUCGAUUUCGUCCCCGGGCCAAUCGCGGCUAGGAACGGCAACAUUUCAUGAUUACUUUUUGAAAGUAUUUCAUACACGUUCUUUGCCUACCAACUUCAUCUAUUCCAUACCUAGUAUUCACUUAGACACAG